AUGAUAUUGAAUCCAAUAGAAAGUAAGCUGAAUGAAUUCAUCCUGGCUAACAAGAUGGUUCAUAAUGAACUUGACUGUAAGCGUUCAAAGAAGAAUGAAUUGAUGGAUAAGGUCAAAGGUCUUGAAACCUUGCAGGUUGCCGUGCAACAGGCUGCCCAAUAUACCCAGAAUAAACUCCAGGCGAGAUUCACCGAUAUUGUUCAGUCCUGCCUUGAUGUGGUAUUCCCCGGAGCAUAUAAGUUCAAGUUGGAAUUUAUCUGCAAGAGAGGAAAGACCGAGGUUGAAAUCUAUCUUGAUGAUAACGGCAACAAACUUGACCCUCUGACUGCCAAUGGUGGUGGCGUAGUUGACGUGAUUUCCUUCGCACUCCGAGUUGCAGCAUUGACAUUGAGUGAUUCCCAGAAGAUUCUACUCCUGGAUGAACCUUUCCCGAGAUUGAGAGGUGAAGCUCGUAAUAAGUUGGGAGAAAUUGUUGAAGGCAUGAGUCACAAGUUGGGAAUCCAGAUUAUUAUGGUCGGCGAUGUGGCUGGUACUGGCAUUAUUGCCGACAAGGUAUUCAAGGUCACAAAGGAGAAUGGAGUAUCCAAGGUGACUGAAGUUGAGAAUGAAGCAAGUCGUGCAUAA